AUGACUGUCACAGAGGUCUUCUGGCCUGGUAUUGAUUCAGACAUCACCAGCACUGUCCAAGCCUGUGAUUCUUGCCAGGUAUUCCAGUCCAGUCAGCAGCAGGAAUAUUUCAGGGAAGUUUUUGUUCCCCCUCCGCCAGAGUUUCAAUAUGGAGAGCUUUUUUCAGGCAACGUUGACUCUGAGGAUUUUGAACGAAACUUCUUGGAACUCCGGAAUACUCCCAACUUCACGGGUUGCUCCCCAGUUCAGACUUCGGUCACACGUUCCAAUAAUGUACGUGUAAAGGGCAAACCUGUAUCUGAGUGUAUCAAAGUACCUCCGGGUCUGAAUCCAGUUGAAAACGUGUGGGCGGCCAUGUCUAAAUACAUGCGGAAAGACCACACUCGCAAUCGUGUGGCAGUCGUCAAUACAAUUGCAAAUAUGGGAAUACCUUCGAUCUUUUCGAAUUUCUACUGUGAAGAAAUUCUUUUCGAGCCAAAAGGUGUAUGCCUACUUUAUCCAUACUCAAAAAAUGUAAUGGUUCACAAUAUUCUCAUAAUUGGGCAAGAUGUAUACCAAGCUAAGAGGAUAAAAGACGGUAAAGGACUAGUGUUGACAGACGGCAAACAGAUAAAAGAAAGAUGGAAGGAGUACUACCAACAAUUGAUGAAUGUAGAGAACCCAAGAGUAGAACUAGUGAUUGAAGCUGCAGAAGAAGGAGAGAUAGAGGAGGUUGGAGAAAUGGAAGUGACAACAGCAAUAAAAAGGAUGAAGAAUGGUAAAGCGGUGGGACCGGAUGAUAUACCAGUCGAAGCAUGGAAGGCUAUGGGCAGAACAGCAGUGAGGUGGCUAACAGAGGUAUUCAGAAACAUCUUGGAGACGGAGCAUAUGCCAGAUGAAUGGAGAGAUAGUACUCUCAUACCCAUUUUCAAGAACAAAGGGGACAUACAGUAUUGUGGAAACUACCGGGGCAUCAAACUAACCUCACAUACCCUAAAGAUGUGGGAAAGGAUCAUAGACAAGAUAUUGAGGAGUAGAGUGGGGGUGUCUGACCAACAGUUUGGGUUUAUGCCAAAUAGAAGCACAACUGACGCAAUUUUUGCGCUCAGGCAGAUAAUGGAGAAUGAUUAUGGAUUGCAUGACGGAGGUAGUCCAGAGGGAAGGCCCGUGGGAUAUGCUGUUUGCGGACGAUGUAGUGGUGUGCGGGAAGACGAAGGAGGAGGUAGAGCUGAGAUUAGAACUUUGGAGGAAUGCAAUGGAGACCAGAUGAAUGAGAGUCAGUAG